UUGUUCUCCAGUCUUUUUGGUUCAGAGGAGUGGAUGGAUUUACUGCGGGAAGGGUGGAAAUGAUCUUUUCUCUGCAGCUCAGGAGGAGCUGCUUAUAGCAACGGAGACGCAGCGGUCGCCCUGAUAACAGAACCCGAGCAGACUUCAGAGGGAGUCCUGAGCGCAGCGCGGAGGAGCAGGUGGUCCUGGAACAGACACGAUGACGGGAGCGCACGGAUGGAGCGCGGCGCGCCGCUGGUUCUUCCUUUGCGGGAGUCUGGCGUUUCUCUGCGGCGAAGUCGUGCCGCCGACCGAGGCCGGCUGCGCGGAGAGGGAGAGCCCGAACUGCUGCAGCGGCCGGGAUAACGAGUGCGUGGAGUACACGAGGAGGAAAACCGUGUGUUACUGCGACAGCUACUGCCAGAAAACCAGGGACUGCUGCGAGGACUACCAUCGCGUGUGCCAGAUAUCAGUUACUGCGUGUACCUGCGGGUGAAACGGGCCAGUCCAGCGUGUAAACUCAAACUGUGGAGCGCUCAGCUGGUGAAUGAUCGAGUGAUCUGUGCAGAGUGUCAGAGCGACGCCAUGUUGAAGUCGGAUCGCUGCGCAGGUCAUGGCCAGGACAACACCAGAACAUUUUGGACGGCAGCUUCAGCUCCUGGCUGUCAUGGUUCUUGGGUGCGGGAGCUGUCUUCUGAGCGCUGCCRAUGUCCUCCUUACUCUGUCCUCUUUGUCUGAGGUGACAGGGAGACGGGAGAUUCACCUCGCCGACCGAGCCAAACCCUCCAAUCCAGAGUCGUGGAUCAACUCAAGGAACUCCUCUGCAUCCUGCCGCUCCUCAUCUCAUUCUCUGUACUGUAAACCUGCUCUAAGCACACACAAACGUGUUUCCUUUCUUCACUUCGAGUUGUACUUUUACACCGCUUCACCUCCAAAAUCUUCAUCUUUAUACCUCUGAGUCUUUGCUAUCUACCUCCAUCAAUGCAACUGCAUCUGUUAAUGCCUAAUUUAUAAUAAUAUGCAUAUAUUAUUUAGCUUUUCAUCAUUUGUUAUUGACUGUUUGUAUGUAAUGUAAAUGUGCUGUUUAAAAUGAAACAGCAGGGGCGACCUGAGAGUUUUAAACCUGAUCCAAAGAGUUUCAAAUCAUAAAUGUGUGGCAGAAACUCUGCUGUUACUACACCAAAAACACUUCUAUUAGUAAGCGAAAUUGAACAUUAGGUGCUGAUUCUCAGGUGAUUUGAUGCUUCUGAUGUUCUGUAGCAGAGGUUCAGUUUGUAAAAGUUUUCGAGCUGAUGCUGUUUGAGAGGAGGAGGAGUGUUAGCCAGUUCUGCUCACAGGAGGAGGUUUUAUCAGCAGAGCAUCAGCCAACGCAAACAUCACACUCAGCCAAGUUACUCCCAAAUUAUUAAUUACCGGAAUCCCCUCCGCAACACUCCCACAAGCUUUUUUUUGUGUGUGUUUUCUUUCUCUUUCCUCCACUUUGAUUUGAUGUUUUCUUUGAAAGAAGCUGCACGUUAGCCGCAGCGUCGCCUUUUUGACUUGACAGCAGGAGUCCUUCCAUCUUUCUCUCACAGCUACAGGUUUGGUUCCAGAAAAGGGAUUACUUUCUUUUGUUUUUUUAUUUUGUUUUUUUUUUUUCAACUUUGUAUUUACAUUUUUAUUUAUUAUAA